AUGGCGGGUGAUGGAAGAGUUGCAAAGCGAUCCUCGAAUGCUUGCGUGCGAUGCCGAAGACAAAAGAUCAAAUGCUCCGGAUCGCAGCCUUGCGAUGGGUGCAGCAAGCGCAAGCUAUCAUGUAUCUUCAAUGAUCGAGACCAGAAGAUUCUGGUCACAAGAGGGUACAUCAUGGAGUUGCAGCAAAGGAUUGCGCUUAUAGAGCAGUCGGAAAAGGGCCAACGAAGUCCUUUUAGUUCCAGCUUUGGCUUACAAACCAAUGAUGCAAAGGACCGUGAAGAUACAUCACUGGAUAGGAUCACUCCCGAUGAUCAUGAUGAGUCUCAGGAAUACGAAGAUGCAGAUUCUGGCUUGACAAAUCCGCUCUCAAGUGGCCCUCCUGCCUUUAUGUCUGCUGCAAAUGGCCGAACAUUCUAUCUUGGAACUUCAUCAAACUGGUCGUUCACUCGGCGAAUUCUCAGCUUAGCACACCAACAUGCCUAUCAAGAGGCACUUUCCCCGGAAGCAUUACUGUUUGAUGAGAUGACUUACGAACUCCCAUGGGACGGGUUACGAACAACCCCGGGCCCAGACGCUCCCAUUGUUCCUACUCGCGACCACACUAUGUAUCUGAUCAACGCUGUCAAGUUCCGCUGUGGGCAAUUAUAUCAUCUUUUUGAGGAAGGGGAGUUCAUGAACUCGCUUCAGGAGUUCUACUCCGGGGAUGGACACGCGAUGACCAAUAGUUUAUGGUAUAUUCAUUUCCUGAUUAUUUUGGCCUUUGGGAAAGGCUUUGUUCAACCCAAGGCACAAGGGAAAAAGCCACCUGGAGUUGGCUACUUUGUCAAAGCUUUGCAACUUCUGCCUGACCCUGGCGCUCUAUACCGUGAUCCUAUGGUAGCGACUGAAAUCCUUUGUUGUAUUGCGUUAUAUUCUCAGUGCAUUGAUUGCCGCACGUCGGCGCACAACUAUAUUGGACAAGCCAUGCGAAUGGCAAUGGCACAGGGAAUGCACACCAGAAUGCCGGUCGAAGAUUUAGGUCAUGACACGGUGCAAAGAUGUGGCAAGAUUUGGUGGACAGUGUAUAUUCUAGACCGGGAAAUGACCUCUCUUAUGGGUCUACCCCAGUCUAUCAAUGAUCGCUACGUGCAAACUCAGCUUCCUACAUUUACAGACCAAGCAGAGACUGUCUCCCUCGGCAUGCAUAUCAAAUUGUCUCAGAUUAUUGCUGAGGUCAACAGCAGUAGGCUCAACUGGCUCCUCCUGAUAAAGAUGAAAUCUAACUGUUUCACAGAAGUAUAUGCCAUUGAUGGACGCAUCAACCGAACGUUCCUACUCAGUACUAAAGCGGCGUUGGCGAACAUUGCAAGCCUUGCCGAUGAACUUCGCGAGGCAGUCCCGUUACAUUUGGACCGAGAAGUUAGCGGUGUUUCCCGAACUUCGGCCUCUUUACACCUUCUAUAUCAUCAGUGUAUUAUCCUCGCAACCCGACCUCUGUUAUUCUGUUUCCUCAAAAUACAAUUUGAAUCACCAGAAUCCUGCCUGGCAUCUUUGAAUGCAUCUCGGAAUGUUCAGAACUUGAUGCAGAUGUGUCUUGAAUCCGCUCAACAUAUUAUCAGUAUUCUUCACAGUCUACAGGUCCAAGGCCUUCUAGAAACCUUUCUUCCCUUCGACCUUGAAUCUCUCUUUGUAUCCACCGUGAUCCUUCUUCUUAGCCCGGCAAUCGAUCCUCGCUUACUAGACAGUCAUCCAAGCUGGCUGGAGAAGGCGUACGCAAUCUUCGACGAAAUGAUCGGAGACGGUAACCAAGUCGCCAGCUUCCGACGGUCAGAGUUGCAACGACUGGACGAGACUUUGAGUUGCAUCUCUCGAGGUCAAUCUCAACCUUUGACGGUGCCCAACUUCUUCCAACAGAAUGAUGUCCUUCCUAACCCACUUUCUCCAUCUUCCACCUCCAUUCCGGGCUCGAUGCCACAGUCUACUCACUACAAUGCUCUUCUCAGGCAGGAUCCUGUGUUGGAUGGAGAAUGUGAUUUCGGAACGAUGUUAACUUCGGCUGAAAUUAUGGCUGUCGCAGAUUCUAUUGAGACUUUUGAUACUGAAUGGGUAUCUAAUGCGAUGAUUGAGCAUAGCAUUUGGUAG